AAUGGGAUGUGUUACUUCUAAAAGAAAGCCUAUAACAUAGCUAGCCAAACCUGCUUUAAACUAAAAUUCAUAGCAAAUUGAAGACAAUGAUGAAUAAAACUAUCAUAGUGUUCCUUAAAGUCCUAUUUUAAAAAAAAUUGUCCGUAUUGGUGCAUUAACACAUGAUGAAAUUAAGGAUUUUGUAAUAGAAAGAAGAAACUAAACUAAUAGUGCAAGACGAAUUGAAUAAAUGAAAAAAAGUGGCCGAUAUACGCCAACUAUUAUCUAUAAAUAUAGAUAACAAUCAGCCUCUUUUAGAAGUCCUUCAAAGGCUACUAAUGCAUCACCAAUCUAACCUACUUAAAAAUGA